GGAUGGGGUAACUUGAAAAAUAUAAAAGUUGGAAUGUAAAGACGAAAAUGUCCUUAUUGAACAUUUAUCACUCCUGAGCGAUUCCUGAGUCGGAUGUUAGGGUUCUUAGAAUCUGAUGGAGGGGAUAGUUAAGAAGUAUCAGCAGAAAUUCAAAAGGCUUAAAGAAGAAAUGAAUCGAUGGGACGACCUUCAAUCUCGCUUAAUUGUUCAGUUUAGAAAUGCUUCUUCAAUCAUUGAGAGGUUACAGGUUGUUCAAGAUUGUAAAAACUACUCAAGUUUGAAUUCUGUUGCUGGUGUUCAAGCUGCUGUAUUGCGGAAACAAAUGGAGUCCUUGCAGACUAUUUUGCUUUCUAUGAAAAAAACUGUGGAGGAGUUUCGAGGAGUUGUUUUUUCUUUUGAGAAGUUAUAUCGUGAUGGUAGACAGCUAGUUAAAGGGGGUUCUAAUCAGCUAACAGUGAAACAACUGCAGCAAAGAGUUGGUGUAAAGCCGUGUCUUGCAGAUUGUUUAGAUGGGCUUAUGAUUCUUCAUGACAUGCAUUACUCAGAGUACCUUCUGAAAUCAUCAUUGGUUUCAGCGCUUUCAGAAUUGGCCCUGAAACCCAGUACAAGUGAUCUAGGUGCACUCCAGCAACUCUUAGUUGAUCAGCCAAACAUCCCCAAAGAGGAAGUGCAAUCUAUCUUUGAAAUUGUAUUUGCAGAAGAGAUUAAUUGAUAUUUGUAAGGCGGCUGUUGAAGUCAACCUUCCAUACACUGAAUACCUGGAUGUGGAAUGGAAUUGCAGAGCAUGCUUAUUUCUUGCUGAUGUGAGUACAGAAGAAUGCCUUUGAAGGAUCUGAGUAAAUUAUGCUUGGCAUUCAUGAAGACCUACAGAAUUCUUCCACUUGGAUUAGCUUAAUUUUUGCUCUUCCAAAAAGAAAGUAAAAUCAUGGUGUUGAAUGACUAGAUUCAUUGUGCCAUGGUCUUGUUGCCAGUGUCUUCAUUGGAGACCUGAGAUAGUGCAGAAGGGCCCCCUUGAAACUUUCUUCUUCUUCAUCACGGUGAUAGAAAUGAUGCCUUGUUCAAGUUCAAUUAUCAUCUACUGAUUGAAACUUUUCAUUUACUAAAAGACUUGUAAGAAAAGUUUAUAUUGCUUCAA